CAAUUCAUGAUUUAAACACUGAUCAUCAUCAUGAUUGAUUCAUUAAACCUGUUAAUAAUCAUUAAACUGAUUUUCAUUUCAAUUCCAUUUCAAUUAACGUUGAGUCAAUUGAAUUAUUGUUUAAAACCGGUUGGAUGUUAUCAUGAUGAAUGUUGUUUUAAUAUUAUUCCUAAAACUGGACCAAUAUGUGAUCCAAUCCCAGGAUGUGCUGCUUAUUUUCAACCGGAUUGUUGUAGAAACAAUCGGCCUGUACAUACAGAUUAUGGUGUAAUGUAUGGUUAUGCUAUUUCAUUGGAUAAUGAAUAUGGAUAUCAAGUGGAUGCCAAACGAUACCUUCAGAUUUGGAAAGGUAUACCAUAUGCACAUCCACCAACCCAAAAAAAUAAUUUACGAUUUCGUCGACCUAUUCCACCAAUCCUAUCAACUGAAAAAUAUGAUGCAACUUAUUUUCGUUCAUCUUGUUCACAGCCAAGUUUAAGUACACAACAGUACAACAGUACAUUUAAUGAAUGGUCAAAAUAUUCACAUGAAUGGUUUAAACGUUUCAUAUUUGAACAAAUCGAUACAGAUGCUAAUCAGAAUUAUAGUGAAGAUUGUCUUUAUUUAAAUAUUUAUAAUUUAUAUGAAACAGAUACAUUGAUUACUACUACUACUAAUAUUGGUUCAAAUCGAAAUAAUAAUGAAAAACGUUAUCCAAUUAUUGUAUUUUUUCAUGGUUUUGAUCAUUUGACUGGAUCAGCAAAUUAUUUUCCUGGACAUGCAUUAGCUCAAUUGGGAUUAGUGGUAAUCACGGUGAAUUAUCGAUUAGGUCCAUUUGGUUAUUUAGCAACGAAUAAACCAUACGCACAAAACAAUAUCAAUAUAGAUGAUAUUGAUAAUGAUGAAGUACUUAUGGGCAAUUAUGCAUUAUGGGAUCAAAUUAGAGCAUUGGAAUUUAUUCAUGAACAUGCUGAUAAAUUUCUAGGUGAUCGUAAUCAAAUCACUGUGAUUGGUCAUGGUUCAGCUGCUGCUGAUAUCGCACUACAUUUAUUGUCAGAAAAAUCAGGUCGUAGAAAUCCACCUUUAUUUCAUCGUGUUAUUCUUAUGUCUGGAUCUGAUCAAAUGCAAGGUGGUUUUGUUCAAAAUAUCAAUGAAUCAGAGGCUUAUGCUAAACAGUUAGCUUAUCAAGUUGGAUGUGCUGUUUCAUCGAAACGUUCAAUGAUCCAUUGUUUACGAUCUCGUACACCUACGGAAUUAUCAAAUGCCGCGGCCAACACAAGAAUUCACAGGCCCGAUUGGUUAACAAAACCAUGGGCACCAACAUUAGAUUAUGAUUUUUUAAUGAAUACACCAAAAUACUUAUGGAGUAAUGGUCAUUAUGCUCAUAUACCACUUAUUGGUGGCCUGGUUGUAGAUGAUGGUGUUUUCCAUGCAUUAGCGUCAAUUUACCAGUUGAAUGUUCCAUUGCCAUGGAAUUUGAUAAAUAAGACACACGAUAACUCUUUGGACGACCUUGAAUUAUUGAAUCCGAAUAUUGAUUUUUCUGGUUUGUCCGCUGAGUUGAUGCGUUCAGGUUUCAUGGAAAUGGCGAAAAAUGAUUUUGCACUAGAUCCAAUCGGUAUGACCAAUUCAUUACUUUUUCAAUAUACCUAUUGGCCAAAUAGAGAAAAUACAUUUUCACAAUGGGAAAUGUAUCGUUCAGCUUGGACAGAUCGAUUAAUUGGUUGUGGUCUAGUGCAAACAUUACAAUAUCAUUCGAAUCCGAAAUAUGCUAAAACGCGAUUCGAACCAAUUACCAAACAAUAUUUACCAAUGAAUCAAACACAAAUGUAUAUAUUUGGUUAUGCAUCAAAAAAUGAUUUAUGGAGUAAACUGAUUGGUGUUUAUUCUGGUUCCGAAUUACAAUAUUUAUUUGGAUUACCUUUAUUACAAUUAUAUAAAUCAAUAGAAGAAAUAAAUGAAGAAUGGCCAAUGAAUUUAGGCCUUAAACCGCCACGAUAUCAAUAUACUGAGUUGGAUGUGAAAAUGAGCGGGUAUAUGUUAUCGUUUAUAACGAAUUUUGCAAAAACUUCCAAUGCUACCCCAGAACCAAUACGUAAUUUAACAUGGGAUACUUAUCGUAUCGAGAAUAACACAUAUUUAUGGUUAAAUCUAACUGAUAAUGUCACUUUGUCAGAAAGUCAUCGGCCAGAUUUAGAAAUCAAAGGUAUCGGUGCUGGUUUCGAUUUAAGACAAAAUUAUAAAGUCGAUAAAUGUUCUUAUUGGAAUCAAUUUUAUCGUAAACAACUUCAUUGGUUGCCGAGAUUCGCAUUGCCAACAGCGGCACCGAUUGAUAUGGAAGAUUAUCGUUUAACUGCAUUUAUUCUAGCUGGAUGUUUAUUUAUUCUGUUGAUUAUUUUGAUAUUAUUAUGCAUUGUAUAUUGUAGAAGAAGAAAAUUGUUAGUUUCUUAAAUUGAUUAUUUCAUUGGUGUUUUUUUUUUUUUAACUUAGUUGCUGUUAUGCUCG